AUGUUUAACUUUGCCCGUUUUAUAGCAUGGCUGCUCUUGGUCCUCGCAGUUGACGCCAAGUCGCCGUCAACUUCCUCGUUAGGACCCCGAGGCCCUCCAACUGUGACCAUCAAGAAUGGCACCUUGAGUGGCAUUUUUAAUAGCCACUACGACCAGGAGUUCUUUCUCGGUAUACCCUAUGCGGCGCCGCCUGUAAAUGACCUCCGUCUGCGCAAACCCCAGCCUGCACAACCUUGGGCCGGCAUUCGGAAGUCAGAGUCCUAUGGAGCGCGCUGCCUUAGAAACGAUAUUCGACUGGCUGGAUUUAGUCAAAACUUCACAGACCCGGUCAGCGAAGACUGUCUCCACAUCAACAUUGUACGGCCAGCAACCCAGCGUUCACCACUUCCCGUGCUCGUAUGGAUACACGGGGGGGCAUUCCAGGAGGGCAGCGCCAGCGACGGCAGGACCAAUGGAACCUUUCUCGUGCAGACAUCCGUGGAGAUGGGAACGCCAAUUAUUUUCGUCAGCUUCAAUUAUCGUCUCGGUGCUUUUGGCUUUCUGGGUGGCCUGGAAAUAGAGGCGGCUGGCGUAUCUAAUAUUGCCCUUUACGACCAACGGCAGGCUCUCCAUUGGGUCCAAGAAAACAUCGGAUAUUUUGGCGGAGAUGCAUCGCAGGUGACGAUAAUGGGCCAGUCAGCUGGUGCUAUGUCAGUCGGAUUUCAUCUCCUCGCCUUUGGAGGCCGAAACGAUGGUCUCUUCAAUGCCGCAAUCGCACAAAGUGGAGGCCCCUAUACGGCACCGGUUCUCAGCCGUGAGAUAUCGGAUCGAGAAGCCGAUUUCAACAUGGUACUGAACAAAACUGGUUGUUUAGACUCUAAAGACUCACUGAACUGUCUACGCGCAGCUCCCGCUGAGUUAUUGCAACAAGCUGGUUCUCUCAUGACACCUUCAUUUGUUGUUGAUGGCGGAAUAAUUACAGCACCUAGCGAAGAGCUUUUACACUCGGGCCGCUUUGCGAAAGUACCUUUACUCAUUGGUUCGACGAGGAAUGAGGGAACAUCUCUACUGCAGCAAAUAUUGGGUACGACGGGCUCAUUUGAUACUGAGGAGCACUUCAAAUCGUUCAUCAAGACUUCUUGGAUAAGAGGCCCAAUUAAUGAUACAGUCGCCAAACAUUGGGCGCAACUGUACGCUCAGGAAAUUAAGACCCCUUCGACAGCUGGUCUAGGUACUGUGAAGCCGAACCCCGGGCCAAAGUACGGUAACUAUUAUGGCCAGGCAACGUUGUGGCUGGGUGACAUGACGUUCACUGCUGGAAGGCGUUUUGCAACCCAAGCAUGGGCAAGAGAAAACGUCCCGAGCUAUAGCUACUUACACGACGCUGUACCAGCAAACAUGAAUCCAGAUACGCUUGGAGCUGCCCAUUUUUCAGAUGUGGCAUAUACGUUUAGGGACACGGAAGGCUUUGGCUGGGAGACAAACCCUUUCCCAGCCGAGCCUAACCUGAGGGAGAAACAUGUAAAACUCGCCGAACUCAUGAGCCGAAUGUGGAUCAGCUUCGCAACCAAGCGGAACCCGAACUUUCACAAUGGUCAGUUACGUGUUACCUUAUAG